UCGUUACUUUUGCAUAAAUCCGUGUUCCUCGGACAUUCCUUACAGAACAGAAAGUGACUGGGAAAGGGUUGGGGGUUGGACCGUUUGUAAGGGGCCAUCCGGAUAGCUGUACUUGGGAAGGUAAUUUACGUGUAUCCUGCGUGACCUUUUCCCUUCAUUCCUAUAGUAUGGAUAAGGUAACAUCAUCACUCCAAUCUCCCCGACCUCGUACACUCCCUCCUCCUCUGCUUCAUUCCCAGCCAUCAGAACUGAUGUGUAUGCAUUCAUUCCAACCAUAAGAAUGGUUUAAGGCCCACUGUCAUACUGCUGCCCGAAACCUUCCACCAAUCCUGUAAAUCUACCAUACCCCGACGAUUAAAGACAGCUGUCUCCGUCAGGCCUGUUUCAUAGACAUCUGCUUCCGUGCCCUCAUCCAUACCUGGAGAUGUCGGGUUCGUUCGACUGGCCACCUGCUUCAUCGUCCUCCCGCAACCGAGACGGCGAUCGACAACCCUCCGCCUUGCAAGACGACGAGGAGCCCACCGCACGAUCUCGCUAUCCGGGCUUCACACUCCUUACCCCCACCACCGCCCCCAGUAUCCCACCUUCUUCCGACUCCGCUCCGAGCUUCGCAUUCGGCGUCCCUUCCACUUCUACGGCAACUAUGCCCCAUUCUUCCGACAACGCUCCGCCGCCGCGGCGACGCCGUGUGUUCUCCAGAUCCUCCUCCCGCCAGGACGACGACGCCUCGUCCGAGAACCCGGACAUCGCCCCACCAGCGUCGUCGACACGGGCACCUAACCACAGCAGUCGACGGCCCCUGCUCUCGGCGAUGGCCAGACAGAGACGCCUUGCACAGAGGGACGAAGCCGCCGACAACCCCGCUCUCGCGGCGCUCCACGAUGCGAGUGACUACGUCUCGCGGAUCAGCGAUAUCCUCGAUCGAGCGUCGUCGUCCAAUUUAAGGCGGCUCCCCCUCCCGGACUUCAGCUGGAUUGCGGAGCAGGACGCAAGCCGAGAGCGAAGCCGACCUCGUGGAAAGCGUCGGAAGUUGGACCAUGACCAUAGCGUUGCGGACCCGGAUUACAAGGGGUUCCGCUACGGAUAUCACGGCCAAGUCGUCCCGGGGAAGCUGAACAUGGAGGUUCUGAGCUGUACCGAGGACGGGAAUGACGAUACGUAUAUUAUGAACCGACGGGCGCAGUUCUUGAAGGAUGAUAAGAGCGUCUGCUCGAUCAAGAGCUCGUCGUGCGACCUCCUUCUUCGGCAUGAGGGAGAGGUCCCAUUCACUCUUCAGAAGGUCGUCAUCAAGGCACCGGAACGAGGCUACCCAUUCCCCAUACAAGAGGGCUUGAUCUUCAUCGGCAUGGAUUCUACCUCGCUUCUCAGCAGCUCCUCGAUGUACCAGAUUGAAUACGUCAAUAUCCAGAGACAACCCAAAUCCACACCGCCAUUGAGCACCGCCCAAAACCGAAACGGCGUCUCCCAGCCCCAAAACCGCCCAUCGUACUAUCAGGGCCCAGACGAGUGGGAUGUGUGGGAGAACGGGCAUCUGGCUUGGGAGCGCCGACUGCAACCUCACGUCCACGAGAUCGACAGCGAUCCAAGCAGCCUGAACGAUCUCAUUCUCAGCACCCUUGAGCCCAAUUGGUCCCUCCACCGACCCACUGGACCAUAUCACCUCCAAGACCUCAUGAACCGCCCCUCCACCUACACCAAUCCCUCCGACCCAGCAGAUCCCCCGCCUCAGAGCAACCCCUACCCCUUCCACGUCACCACCGAUGAUGAUGUCUCCGACUGGGACACCGAAGAAGACUGGAGCCGCGCCCUCCGCUUCGCCGAGCGCGCGCGUCGCCAAGCGGCCGCCCGCCCAGACACGGGGCCCGUCGAGCCCAACUCCAGCGAAGACGAAGAAGCGUGGGAGGCGCUGAACACGAUGUGGAGCAACCGAGCAACCGACCCGGACACAACGGACACAGCGUCCUACAUGCGCAACCGGUUCCUCGGACAGCUGCAGCAUCGGGUGCUCCCCAGCGUGAUCAAGCCGGUGCUGCCGGACGGGACGACGUCGACGGCGGGGACGGCGGUGCGGGCGCCGCACGCGAAGUUCUUCAUCGGGCGGCAGGACGGGAAUAUCGCGGUGAAGUUCGAUCCGCCGGUGUCGGGGAAGUUCGUGCUGUUGAAGCUGUGGAGCCCGAGUCCGGGGGGGAAUAUCGAUGUGCAGUCGAUCCAGGUGCAUGGAUUUGUGGGGCCGAGGUACUUUCCGGCGUGCGAGGUCCGGUAGGGGAAGUCAGGUUAUGAUGGGCGGUUUCGUGGGAGGUGGUUCGAUAGGCUCGUAUAUGGUUUAUCUAGACGGUAUUAGAAUCAAUUCACGGCAGGGCAAUUCAUUGGGC